AUGGACACGAUCAAAGAGUACAUGGAGUGCAUAAACUUUCACUGGAUAAUCGUCGUGCUGACCGGCAUGUACGUCCAACUGCGCGACAUUUGCCUGAUCGGCCUGUGCUUCGAAGUUAUUCGCGACCCGCCCUUUAAUCCGUCUUACGCCACCCUCAUCUUCGUCUUUUCUACGGUCUGCCUCUUGGCCGAGUAUAGGCUGUGGCCCAGAUCGCUCAAGGAGCCGCCCAUCCAGCUGCUCAUCAUCUACGAGAUUCUGUUUACCGCUCUGGUCACGGAUUUGGUGAAGCGAAUCGUGUGGGUGCCGCUGAUGCACCUAACUUGGUGUUUGACGCAAGAGUCCAGCAAAGCGUUGAUAUGGAUGAAUUCCCAGUUGGAGUUGGGCAAAUAUUCCCAGCUGAUGACGAUGGCCUCGUACAUGAGGACGGACAUUGCAGCAACGCACACGGCCUUUUGUAUUUCCGUGCUCUCGUUUCUGUGGAUGCUAGACGCCACCGAGACCCUUGAUUCGCUCUUGAUCGAUCUCUGGGCCAAGUAUUAA